GCUCAGGCUACAAAGACGUCGCUGGUCGGAGAGAAGAAAAGAAUUGUAGAAAUCGGAAAACGAGUAGCAAGAGAGAGAGAGCUAUAGCGGACCUCUCUGUCUCAGAUACAAUCCUGAAACUGGCUGGGCUUUUUGGCCAAACUCCAGCAACCAGAAACUAACAAUAAAUUUGAAUUUAAAAUUGGAACUUAAAUAAAAGCAAUGUCAUAAUGGAGCCAAUGACCAUGCUGGUAUUGGCCUUCCAGCUGCUGGCCCUCUUCUCGAUCGCCGGCGCGCUGCUCAUCUAUCUGAUCUGCAAGGUGCGGGAGGACAGUGCAGCGGCCAGUGCCGAAGCGCAACCGAGUCGCGUGGUCCUGGUAACGAGUGCCGACACCGCCCUGGGCCUCCAGCUGUGCACCCAUUUGGCGAACAAGGGAUGUCGGGUGUUUGCUGGAAUGAAGGAGGCGCAUGACUCGCUGCCGGCCAAGUUGCUCUGCGGCUGGAUGAAGAUCCGGGAGUAUAGCGAAGAGCCCAUUGCCGGAACCAUUAUUCCGAUGCGUCUGGAUGUUACGCGAGAGGAUGUGCUGCGCGAGGCCACCGUGGCCAUGGGCGCCCACUUGAAUGCCGACGAGCGGGGCAUCGCCGCCGUCAUCAACACCAGCGGCAGUGUGUUCCGCGGCAAGGUCGAGUCCCAGGAUGUGCAGCAGUGGGAGCAUAUGCUAAAGACCAAUAUCCUGGGAACGCUGCGUGUGGCCAAGGCAUUUGUGGGCUUCCUGCGUCCCACCCGCGGACGCCUCCUGUACUUGGGCGGCGGUGGUGGAGGUAGUGGCGGUGCCCGCGCCGGUGGCGAUGGGUUGGUGGCCUUUAACGCCUCUCGUGUCGCUGUGGACAAGUGCGCCGAGGAGCUGCGCAAGGAGCUGCAGCCAUAUGGUGUCAGUGUGGUGGCCCUGGAUACUUGCGGCAUGACCGCCGAGUCCCUCUACAAAGCUCCAGUGGCCCAGACCAUGUCCGCUACGGCCGGAGCUCCCACGCAGUACACCGCCGAUGUCCUGAGUCCCGGCGCCCUGCAGGUGAUCGAGCGAGCCCUGUGGGACUUUACGCCGCAGCAACGUUAUCCGCUGAUGGGUAACAACAAGUACCAAUUCACGUUGCCAUGCCGCUCCUCGCUGCGUCUCCAGCGUCCGGCAGCCUCGCCGGCCGGCGGAGCCUCUGCCACGCAGUCGGUUUGAAAUAUCCCUGAAUUAAUACCUGAACUAUUCUCUGGAGUCUACCUGUAUAUACGCACCUAAUACUGAACCCUUGUCCCGCUCCAGUUUCCAGUUCCAGUUCCAGCUCCUGUUCCCGAUCCUGCUCCACCUCGUACCCACUGGCCUGCGUUUUAAAAAAAAUCACCCGCUAACACUGCUAUUUUUUGUUUUGAUGAUAUUCCUUCCAAUUGGAAGGCUCUUUUUUAUAUAUAUAUAAUAUUAUUUUAUACUCGUUUUUUUGUACACGCUGCUAAAGGUGUAAUUGAGGUACAUCAUACGUAAUGUUACGACAAAAGAAUAUA